AUGGACUUCGUCUUCGGGUUUCCCAAGGAAGCUCACAAGAAUACUGGUAUUCUUGUGUUUUUUGGUCGGUUCAGCAAGAUGUACCAUCUUGCUGCAGUACUGGAGUCAAUCACAGCCCAGGGCUGUGCUCGUGCCUUCAUCGAUAAUAUCUUCCAAAUGCACGGUUUACCCCAUGAACUCGUGUCCGAUAGGGACCCCCGCUUCACAGCGGAGUUCUGGCAAUCCGUGUUCCGUUCACUUGGCACAAGUUUGACGAUGUCAACUUCUGACCAUCCCGAAACAGAUGGUCAGACGGAACGCGUCAACCGCGUUCUCGAAGAGAUACUUCGAGGGUACGUCCACUCGUUUACGCAUCGAUGA